GCAGUCUGAAUUCAGAUAUCGGGUAAAUUCGGAAAGUCGGAAGCCCUAGACAAUCGCUCUCUGUUUCUGUUUUUCACUUUCUCUCCCAAGCAGCCAUGGCAAUAGACAACAAACCAGGUUGGGGUUCCACCCAAUCCAAACUCCGGUGGGGCGAGCUCGAAGAAGACGAUGGGGAGGAUCUCGAUUUCCUCCUGCCUCCUCGUCAGGUAAUCGGACCCGACGACAACGGCAUCAAGAAGGUGAUCGAGUACAAGUUCAACGACGAUGGCAACAAGGUCAAGAUCACCACCACCACUCGCAUUCGCAAACUCGCCAAGGCCAGGCUUAGUAAGCGCGCCAUCGAGCGCCGAUCCUGGGCCAAGUUUGGCGAUGCCGUGCACGAGGAUGUUGGCAGUCGUCUCACCAUGGUCUCCACCGAAGAAAUCCUUCUCGAACGUCCUAGGGCUCCGGGUAGCAAAGCGGAAGAAUCAAAGGUUGCAGGAGACUCCUUGGCUCAACUUGGGAAAGGAGGUGCUGUUCUCAUGGUGUGCAGGACCUGUGGUAAGAAGGGUGACCAUUGGACUUCAAGGUGCCCAUACAAGGAUCUUGCCCCACCUUCUGAAGGAUUCGUUGAUAAGCCUGCUGCAUCAGAAGGCACAGCCACUGCUUCUGGUCCUAGCAAGGGGACAUAUGUUCCCCCAGGCAUGAGAGCAGGUGCAGAGAGAAGUGGAACUGAAAUGAGACGCAGGAAUGAAGAGAACUCUGUUCGGGUCACCAACCUAUCAGAGGACACCCGGGAGCCUGACUUGCAUGAGCUCUUCAGGACAUUUGGCCCUGUAAGUCGUGUGUAUGUUGCUGUUGAUCAGAAGACUGGCAUGAGCAGAGGUUUUGGAUUUGUUAACUUUGUGAACAAGGAAGAUGCUGAGAGAGCUAUCAACAAACUCAAUGGAUAUGGUUAUGACAAUCUCAUCCUACGAGUUGAAUGGGCCACGCCAAGGUCAAACUAAACUAUGUUUUUUCAUAAGCUUAUAUGAUGUUUGAUUAUUUUUACAAUGAAAAGUUUGCUUGAUCCUGGGUGCUUUUCUAUUUCCAGUUCAAUUUGUUCAAGAUUUUGUUCCAUCUCACUUUGGUAAUUUGUUUUUAUCUAAAUGAGAAUUUAUUUACUUGAUCCUGA